GUCCAAUAAGAAAAUGUGAAGGAGUGAGAGGAUUUAGGUCAUGAGGAUCAUUGGAUAAUGCAAAUAAAGUUUAAACACAGUCAACGCACGAGACAUUACAAAACAAUUAUAGAAGUAAUGCAGAUUUUUUUAAAUGGAGAAUCAGGGGAGUUUCAAGACUCUAUUACGAAAUAAUCUUCAAGUAAUUAUUUCUACACUUGCAGGGAUCGUUGGCGCUGUUUCCAAUGGUAUACAUCUAGGGCUUUCACCUGGUGCUGUUAUUCCACUUUGCAACACACCGAUAAACAAUAUCAGCACCAACACAGACAUCUUUUGUGAUAAUAAUGAUAGUCAAAAUAUGUAUAGGACGUUCUACUUGUUAGGAUCUUGCAUCGGUGUACUGCUUUGUAUUGUAAGCUACAAAUUAAGCACGAAAAAACUAAUGUUUAUAUCUGGGAUAUUGUUAGUAAUUUCUUGGAUGCCCGUAGCUAUAGAAGCUGCAACAAGUGCAAUACAUGCUUCUCGUGUAUUAGCAGGGAUAUGUAUGUCAGUAACAUUAAUAUCAAGUCCUAAGUAUAUUCACGAUAUUGAACCACAAAAUUUAAGAAACAGCGGUAGAUUGAUAUAUUAUGGAAUAUUAUUUGGAGUUUUAUUGGCAUAUAUGCUAAGCUCAUUCAUAUCAGUAGUUGCAUUGGCCAUAUUAGGAGCAGCUCUUGCGCUUCUUCAAAUGGUAAUAUCUCUAUUUACGAUAGAAUCGCCAUAUUUUCUUGCUUGGAAUAACAAAAACUGUGAGGCUAAAAUAGCUUUAGAAAAAUUACGAAAUACAAAAUUUGUUGAAAGUGAACUUGAUAUGAUAAUUAAUGCUGUAUUGAGAUCUAAGAUUAAUAAUAAAAGACAAACUACUUGGUCACUUACAUUAAAUAAGAGAUCGUGCCUGUCCGUUGCAUUAGCCAUGAUUGGACAACAAUUCAGCGGAAUCAUAGUUUUCUUAAUGUUUUUAGAAGACAUUUUGGUAAGUUGUGAUAUACAACAUUCAUACAAUGCAGCAAUUUGUACUACGUUUAUCAUUGUAAUUAUGGUUAUAUGUUUUUUAAAUAGAAACAAUUUUAGAAGUUUUUUCUUACAUAAAUGGAUAAGCCACAUUGUGUUCAGUAUAUCUAUAGUAAUUCUAGCCUCGUAUAUUACCUUAAAAUCUGUUCAGAUUAACUUUAAUAUGGCAUGGAUUCCUACAUUGUCCAUAGUAUUGUACGCUGCUAAUUUAGGAUUUGAUAAAGGAUAUUUUCCUUUCGAAGUUGUACAUACUUAUUACCCACAUUUAAUUAAUAACGCUGGAAAUAUUUUGGCCGCUUUUAUACAAACCUUUACGGCAUGGGUUCUAGUAGAAAUCACGCAAAGACUAACGCCUGGUAGCAGAAUUUAUAUUAUGUUAUAUGUUAUUGCUAUUUUAAAUUCGUUAAGUACAAUAUUAAUAAAAGUUUGUACACCGGUGCUAAGAGAACAUGAAAAACAAUUAAGUAGAGGGUACAGGAAUCACAAUGAAGAGUUUAUCGGUCCAGACGAUGUGGAACUUAAAAGUCAGCUAGUCCAUCUGUCAACAAUCGAUACAGUAAAUGAAAUAAAAGAUCCUAAAGCGAUGACUGUGACACCAAAAGAAAAUAUAUUUAAGGGAACGUUCCCCCAACUUGUAGCCGUUCUAGCAGGAACUUUAACUGCGAUCAGCGAUGGAAUGCAAUAUGGAUGGACAGCACCUGUACUACCAAUUCUUCAAGGACCCGAUUCUCCAGUAAAAAUUACAAACUCACAAGCAGAAUGGCUAGAAAACUUACUAAUGCUUGGAUCUUUUUCCGGACUUUGGAUAACCAUAUAUUUAGUUGACAGAAUCGGCAGAAAGAAAUCCAUUCUUUUAGCUUCAUUUGUGACCAUAAUUAUUUGGAUAGUAACGGCUGUAGCUCCAAGAGUAGAAUACAUAUUUGUUGCUAGAGCAUUUGCAGGGUCAGCAGGAAAUAUGGCUUUCGUAGCUACGCCUAUGUAUAUUGCUGAAAUCGCUGAACAGAAAAUAAGGGGUUUUUUAAGCAGUUUAAUUUAUCUUAUGAUGCUUGUCGGUAUUCUUAUAAUUUAUUCUGUAGCACCUUUUGUUCCUUUUUACGCUCAUUGUAUUUUGGGAGGAUCUUUAGCUUUAAUAGAACUUAUAAUUUUUCCCUUCAUGCCAGAAAGUCCGUAUUAUUUACUGUAUAAAGACAAACCAGACGAAGCCCUUAAGUCUCUAAAAAGGCUAAGAAAAGAAGGUCAUGAUAUAGAAAAAGAACUAGAAAGUAUUAAGGUGGCAGUAGAUCGACAGAAAUCAGAACGAGGUAGAAUCUUUGAUCUCUUUAUAGUUCCUAGCAAUCGUCGAGCUAUAUUUAUUAUGGGCUUAUUAAAUGCAGCUCAACAUUUUAGUAGUAUUAGCGUUUUACUAAUGAAUAUACAUGUUAUUCUUGACGCAGCAGGAUCUAUUUAUAUACAGCCACGAAUGGCUGCGAUUUUAUUUUCAGCUGUAAUGGUGUUAGCAGCGUCAGUAGCUUGCCUCACCAUAGACAAGUAUGGGAGAAAAACUUUACUCAUUACCUCUAGUUGUUUAACAGGGCUGUGUUUACUCGUUCUAGCAAUUUUCUUUAGUUUGAAAAAUGGUGGAUCAGACACUUCCAGUUACAGUUGGAUUCCGAUUGUGUGCGUUAUGCUCUAUGCUUUAACUUUUAAGUUAGGCCUGGGUAUGGUACCUAUAGUGCUCACUGCCGAACUAUUUCCUGCUAAAAUGAAGGCCUUCGGUAUGACCAUUGCAGAUGGAUUUUAUGUUAUAGCUUCAUUGCUAUCUUUACAAGUAUAUCAAAGAUUAACUCAAUAUUUUGGAUUACAAUAUCCCUUCUACGUUUUUUCAUGUAGCUGCUUCAUCGCUGCUGGCUUUACUUACAUAUUUAUCCCUGAAACAAAGGGUAAGACAUUAGAAGAGAUACAAAUGAUUUUGAAAGGAAAUCACCCGGAUAAUAAAAAAGAAUAUUGCGAAAACUGAAUGACGAAAAUUAUGAAACCUGAGGAUUAGAAAAAUAUAUUUUUAAUCCCUAUACUAUCUUUAAAGUUCAUGCUUUAAAGUAGGAAUAUUAGUUUCAUAAUGUAUUUAUGUACUUACCAAAAAUCUGAGUUGUAUAACAUCUAAAUUCAAAAUAAUAACUUCAAGUAAUAGUUUACAAAAAAUAAAGUAUGUAUUUAUAUUACAUUUAUGUAAAUUGAGACAAAGCAACUACAAUAUAGUAUAAUAUAUUCUUCGAACAUAAUAAUAUAUUAAUGUGUAAAAUUCAGUAUGUGAUGGACAUUUAUUGUUAAUAAGCAAAAACAAUCAAAUAAACGUAAGUUUUUGUAUAA